UCAUUGACAUCAUCAGUAUGUCUGGAGAUCAAUCUGGAUCUUUGCGGAGAAAGCUCGGUGGUUGCAGUAUCCCAAUGGAAAAGAUAGAAAAAAAGAACAACCUUCAAGUGACUUUCUCUAAGCGUCGAGCAGGGCUUUUCAAAAAAGCAAGUGAGCUUUGCACUUUGACCGGUGCAGAGGCCGGUGUCGUAGUGUUUUCUCCCGCUGACAAUGCUCAUUCGUUUGGACAUCCUAAUAUCAACUCAAUUACCGAUAAGUUACUCUCCCCGAAGAACAUCGACAUAGGUAAUCAAUGGAGGGAAGGCCGUGAUUUGGCCAGGAUACGGCAAAGCGAGCUAGAUUCUCUGGCCCGAGUCGAGGCAAGGCUAGCUGCUGAGAAAGUACGGGGUGGAGCUGGAGAAGUUUAGGAAGGAAAGUAUGACACCCUUUGGAGGUCCGG